UAACAAGCUCGACGUAGAAUUUAAAAAUGAAUAAACCAAUGUAAUAAAGUGAUGGAGAUGAAAUAUUCAUUCAUAUUUAAAACAACGCAGAUCAAUAUAACAUUCAAUCGUCAGAUGAAAAAAAUUAAAAUUAAAUUAUGAUCCCAGAUCAAGUCAUAGAGGCUAAGACCGCAAAUCCAAAACCAAUGACUUUUGAUCAAAUUAGAUUGGUUUCAUCCACAUAAGUGAGUGGUGAUGGACAUGCUAAAUCAGUUAGAGUGCAAUGUCCAUAAUGCAAAUAAAAAGUUGAUACUGUGAUUAUUCGUAAACCAGGAACCUAAACAUAUCUUGCCUCAUGUAUUCUUUUGCUUUGUUCUUUUGGUUUAGUCUGCAUUUCUUGUUUACCUUGUAUCAUUGAUGAUUGUAAGGAUGUUCUACAUUCUUGUCCUAAAUGCAAAAUUCCUUUAGGAAAGACAUAAUUCAAGAUUUUAGAUUGAUCCAUUUAUAUAGACACUUUAUUAAAAUUAAAUUACAAAUUAAAA